AUGACCCGAACUCAAGCCGACGAGCCGGAAAAAACCGAUGACGAAAAAGCACUUCUGUGCCCAGCCUACUACCUCUUUUCCACAGAUGAUGGCUUCAUUGAUCUUGGUCCACCCAGGAAGGAGGGUGAAUCUCCGGCUCCAGAGGAAAUUUUCACGGCCGUGAAAGUGUCGGAUACUAAGGUGGCCUUUAAAACAGGGUACGGAAAGUAUUUAACCACGGACACGAGUGCCGGAGGGGUGGUGACAGCCGCCGCAGAUGCAGUGGGACCCAGGGAACAGUUUGAGCCAGUCUUUCAGGACGGCCAGUCCGCCCUUCUGGGUUUCAACAAUUGUUUCCUGUCUGUUGAUCCGACCAACGACCGAGCAGUUUGCCGCGCGCCCAAAGCUGGACCUUCAGAAAUGCUUGCGAUCCGUUGCAAUCGGGAACUCUCUCAUGAUCCACUCUUGGAUAUGCCUGAAGAAGAACGCAGUGGUGUCAGAAAAGCUGAGUUGAACUAUGUCCGCAAGUUUCAGAGUUGGCAAGACAAGAAAAUUCGCCUGACGAAAGAAGAUGCACACGCACUGAAGUCUGCUAAGACCGAAGGUUAUCUCCAUGAGUGCAUGUUAGACAGGCGGGAGAAGAUGAAAUCAGAUCGCUACUGUAAAUAA